GGCGCCGAGGCGAGGUCGCGGCGAACGCGAGGCGCGGUGGCGUCCAGGCCGGGUUUCUCAGGCAGGACCGGGCUGGGACGUGGGGCUCCUGGCCGACACACUUUGUGCUUUCCGGGGAAGGGAAGUGGCGGAACCAGAGGCCCCUGUGCAGCGCGGGACUGAGCCCGCCACGCAGGCGCCCGCGCCCCCGCCGCCAUUGUUGCCCGGGGCCUCUCGGGCCGCUCCGGCUGCGGGUCCGCCGGGUCCCAGCGGCAGGGUCUCUUAACCAUCCCUGCAAGUUCUGGGCUCCAAAUUUGCAACUAAGGUGGCUAACUCUACCUUGACUCUGUUCUGCCCCUGGCUGCAGCAGCCCUUGAUAUAAUGUCUUUGUGGCUCUAGCAUGAGACUUCAAGCAGUUGGCUCUCUACUGGAGAAACAAAGGAUAUUGCCAGAUUGACUCUCCUGUCUGUAGCCAUGUUAGCCUCAAGCAAGAGGAUGACCAAUUCUUCACGCUCCCAAAUCCUUCUGAUGUGGAAGCCAGACAAGGCUCAGUGUGGACCCCACAAUGUUGAAAAGGAAACCCUUGCUUCAAGACUCUUGCGUGACACUGAGACCUGCCGACAGAAUUUUAGGAAUUUCCCAUACCCAGACCUGGCUGGUCCUCGAAAGGCAUUGAAUCAACUCCGAGAGCUCUGCCUUAAGUGGCUGAGACCUGAGAUUCACUCAAAGGAACAAAUCCUGGAGCUGCUGGUGCUGGAACAAUUCCUGACCAUCCUGCCUGGGGAGAUUAGGACUUGGGUGAAGUCCCAAUACCCAGAGAACGGCGAAGAAGUGGUGACUCUGGUGGAGGAUUUGACUCAGAUUCUAGAAGAGGAAGCUGCUCCUCAGAACUCAGCUCUUUCCCAGGAGACCCCAGAAGACUACCCCAAAGGAAGACAUGCUUUCCAGGCAGGAUGGCUAAAUAACUUGGUGGCCAAAGAAUCAAUGACAUUCAAAGAUGUGGCUGUGGAUAUCACCCAGGAGGACUGGGAGCUAAUGCGUCCUGUACAGAAGGAAUUGUACAAGACUGUGACGUUACAGAACUACUGGAACAUGGUUUCUCUGGGACUUACAGUGUACAGACCAACUGUGAUUCCCAUAUUGGAAGAACCAUGGAUGGUGAUAAAGGAAAUCCUAGAAGGCCCUAGUCCAGAAUGGGAAACAAAAGCCCAAGAGUGUACUCCAGUUAAAAAUAUUCCUAAACUCACAAAGGAUGGAACCAGGACCAUCAAAUUGGAAGAACCAUAUGACUAUGAUGACAGGUUAGAGAGGCGAGCAACAGAUACCUUCAGGAAAGUUCCCACUAAUGAAAGAGAUUUCAGUUUAAAGUCAGUCCUUUCACAAGAAGAUGAUCCUACAGAAGAGUAUCUUAGUAAAUAUGAUAUAUAUAGAAAUAAUUUUGAAAAGCAUUCAAACCUAAUUAUACAGUUUGGUACCCAAUCAGAUAAUAAAACUUCUGUGUAUAACGAAGGCAGGGCAACCUUCAGUCAUGUCUCAUAUGGUAUUGUACAUAGGAAAAUACUUCCUGGAGAGAAGCCUUAUAAAUGUAAUGUGUGUGGGAAAAAGUUUAGGAAAUACCCUUCCCUCCUGAAACACCAAAGUAGCCAUGCCAAAGAGAAAUCUUAUGAAUGUGAAGAAUGUGGAAAAGAGUUUAGGCACAUCUCAUCCCUUAUUGCACAUCAGAGAAUGCAUACUGGAGAAAAACCAUAUGAAUGCCACCAGUGUGGUAAAGCCUUCAGCCAGCGCGCACAUCUUACUAUCCAUCAGAGAAUUCAUACGGGAGAGAAACCCUAUAAGUGUGAUGACUGCGGGAAAGACUUUAGUCAGCGUGCACACCUUACCAUACAUCAAAGGACACAUACUGGAGAGAAACCAUAUAAAUGCUUGGAAUGCGGUAAAACCUUCAGCCACAGUUCAUCACUGAUUAAUCAUCAGAGAGUUCAUACUGGAGAAAAACCUUAUAUAUGCAACGAAUGUGGGAAAACUUUCAGUCAGAGUACACACCUUCUUCAACAUCAAAAAAUACAUACUGGAAAGAAACCAUAUAAAUGCAAUGAGUGUUGGAAAGUGUUUAGUCAGAGUACUUACCUUAUUCGACAUCAGAGAAUCCAUUCUGGAGAGAAGUGUUAUAAAUGUAAUGAAUGUGGAAAAGCCUUUGCUCAUUCCUCAACUCUUAUUCAACAUCAAACUACUCACACUGGAGAGAAAUCCUAUAUAUGUAACAUAUGUGGGAAAGCCUUCAGCCAGAGUGCAAAUCUUACUCAACAUCAUAGAACACAUACUGGAGAGAAACCAUAUAAAUGCAGUGUGUGUGGGAAAGCAUUCAGCCAGAGUGUACACCUUACUCAACAUCAGAGGAUUCAUAAUGGAGAAAAACCCUUCAAAUGCAACAUAUGUGGGAAAGCAUAUAGACAGGGUGCAAAUCUUACUCAGCAUCAAAGGAUUCAUACCGGAGAGAAACCCUAUAAAUGUAAUGAAUGUGGGAAAGCUUUUAUUUAUUCCUCAUCACUUAAUCAACAUCAGAGAACUCAUACUGGAGAAAGACCCUAUAAAUGUAAUGAAUGUGAUAAAGAUUUUAGCCAGAGAACAUGCCUUAUUCAACACCAGAGAAUUCACACAGGAGAGAAGCCCUAUGCAUGCCGUAUAUGUGGUAAAACCUUCACCCAGAGUACAAACCUCAUUCAGCAUCAGCGUGUUCAUACAGGUGCCAAACAUCGUAACUAACAGAUGUGGGAGACUUCAUUUAGGUUUUACAACUUAAUCAUUUAAAUUUUAUUUUAUAUGCUUUGUGUUAAAACAUUAUUCAAAAGAAACCCAAAAGAAGUGCAAUAUAUGUUAGAUAUCACACAGCAGAAGUAUCAGAAUUAGUAACAUGGAUAUAACCUAUUUAAAUUUAAUGUGAAAUUUAAAAAGAAAACUUCAUUCACUUCUCAACCUUUAUUUGAUGUCAGUUUAAUUCAUUCCAGAAAGAAACCCUAUGAAAGUAAGAGUACUCAAAAACCUAUAACUCAGCAACUUUUACUGUAUUUAUUUCAAGUACUUCUUAAUGAGGCCUUAUGAGUGAAACUUGGGAAAGCUUCGAUCAAGUAGCGAUUUCACACUAGAGAGUAAUCCUGGGAUGACAGGAAAGAAAAGGCUGCUUUCAGGCUCAGAUAUCAUCCCAGCUGUGAAGCCUUAAAUACGUAAAGGGUCCCCUCCCCCUUUUCACUUCCCUGUUCCCAUUAUGUCAUAACUGCCAAUGUGGAACCAGUAGGUUUGCCAGAAAUGUUGAAAGUAUCUUAAAUACUUCUGUGUGACCACUGUUUAAUUACCUUUUCCUUUAAAUACUGAAAUAUUAAGGGAAGAGAAGCUUAAUGAAAGAUCUGGUAGGAAAGAGAAACUAAUGUGUAUAUAACUCUUAGACAUGUACAAAUUUAGUUAAAUGCAGAAAUUAAACACUCAAGCUUAAUUUAAUCUUUAAAACAUAUUAACCUUAGUUUCACUAGGUUUUGACAUGUGUGUCAUCCUGAAGGAAAAAAUAAGAAUACAAUUCCCAUUUUUUUCACCUGACUCCUAAAUUCAUAAUUUAAGGUUCCCUUUUGACUGUUUUACUGUAGGAAGUCCAUUUCUUCCAUUGAAACACAUGUCUCUUGAGUGCCUACUGUGCUCAGGCCCACAUUUUCUAAUUGGAUCCUUUCAGGGCUUCUUAUAGUGCUGCAAGUCACAGCCAGUGUAAGCAACAGAAAGCUUUCUCAAGUAAAGAAAGAUAAAGAACAUGGUCUUAAUUACUGUGUCAUGGAAUGAGCCUAAGAAACCUGCUAAAAUGGGUUGCCAGAUGGGACCCUGUGCCCCAAGACAAGGAAUUAAUGAAAGCAGCUACCUAAAUAGUGUGAGAAUAAGUAAAUAAUGGAAAAUAGCUUUGAGUUCACUGCAGAAAGUGGGUCAGGGAAAAAAUCAAGGUGAAGACUUGACAGGAAAGAAUAUACAUAGGUAACUGUUAUAACAUGACGUUAUUGGACUUGGUUUACCUAAGAAAAUAAGAGUGACUAAUU